AUGAAGGCAGCACCUUCCGUGCGUAUGCCAAUUAAGGCAUCUGCUCGCAACGCCCGAUUUGUGAGCGGCACUAGCAACUCCCGCUCUUCUAUCGCCUCCCCCGCCGCAGCAAACGCAUGGCAAUCACUCGCACAGACACCUGCUCAACCACGAAAGGCACUGACUGCCCCUUUGGCAAAGCUGCCUCUUUCAUCUGUCCUCCGCUCUUUGCUCGUGCUUUCCGUCUCAUCCUCGACUCUUCUUUUGAAGCCAUGCAUCUAUACGCUGUCUCUUCUUGCACACCCGCGCAACGCAUUGUGGGAUGUCGCCAAAAACCCACUUCUGAACACCCUGAUCAAGCACACUAUCUACAAGCAAUUCAACGCUGGUGAGAACAAGCUUGAGGUCCAGGAAUCGAUCAACAAGAUCAAGGCUCUAGGAUGUCGUGGUGUCCUGCUGGGAUACGCGCGUGAGGUCCUCAUCGGCGAGAACGAUGAUGCUUCCUAUGACGCCAAGGCCGCUCUGGCUGAUAUCCAGUUCUGGAUCGACGGAACUUUGCAGACCGUUGAUAUGGCCCAACCAGGCGACUUCGUCGCUCUGAAGUUCACCGGAAUGGGCAUCGACGCCCUCCGUCUUCUGCAGUCCCAGACUAUGCCCACCGAAUUCAUGGACACCUCCAUCCAAAAGAUUUGCGACCUCGCAAUCUCCCGCGGUGUGCGUCUGCUCGUCGAUGCCGAAGAGCGCGCUGUGCAGCCCGGUAUCGAGGCCUGGAUCAUGAAGUACCAGAAGUACUGCAACUCCCAGACCCCUGGACGCGCCGUGUUCUACGGAACCUACCAGGCCUACCUCCGCUCUACCCCCGCCACUCUCGCUCGCCACCUUGAAACCGCCCGUGCUGAAGGAUACACCCUGGGUGUCAAGAUGGUCCGCGGUGCCUACAUGAAGACUGACCCCCGCGAAAUCUUCUGGGCCAAGAAGGAAGAUACCGACAAGUGCUAUGACGAGGUCGUGGCCGCUCUCCUGACCCGCAAGUACAACUCCAUGCUCCAGGCCCCCACCAAGGAGACCACCGACCUGCCCCCUGUGAACGUCAUCAUCGCCACCCACAACCGCGAGUCUGUCCGCAAGGCCCACGCUCUGCGCAUGGAACAGGCCACCCGUAACGAGGACCUGGGCGUCGAUGUCAGCUAUGCUCAGCUUCAGGGUAUGGCCGAUGAGGUCAGCUGUGAACUUCUGCAGGGCUUCGAGAACGCCGAGGACAGUGUCGGUGCCUCGCCCAUUGAUGCCCCUAAUGUCUUCAAGCUUUUGACUUGGGGCUCUGUCAAGGAGUGCAUGGGUUUCCUGCUCCGUCGUGCCGUUGAGAACACCGAAGCCGUUGGCCGUACCAAGGACUCCCAGGUGGCCAUGCUUGCUGAGCUGAAGCGUCGCUGCGGCAAUGCCUUCAGCAGCAGCAAAUAA